AUGGAUGUCUCGUGUCAAAAUGGCGGCACCUGUAUGAACUUACCCAAUGACUUUCGGUGUGAUUGUGUUCCGGGGGCUUCUGGGAGAUUGUGCGAAACCAUUAUCGAUGUUUGUGCUGCACGUGAGCCAUGUCAAAAUGGCGGCAAUUGCACGGGGACUAACAAAACCUUCACGUGUUCUUGUACACCAGAAUUUAACGGCACAACCUGUGACUACCAGAUUGACUUGUGUAAGCCUUCGCCAUGCCUUCAUGACACCAAAUGUUUCACCAUCGGAAGACGUUUCUCGUGUGACUGUCCACUUGGAUUUACAGGUACAACUUGUGAUCAAAAUAUUGAUGAUUGUAUCAAAAAUGAAUGCAAAAAUGGCGCCACUUGCAAAGACGGGAUAAACAAAUAUAAAUGCGAAUGUGUACCCGGUUUUAUUGGUGACAAAUGUGAAAUAAAUGCUGAUGAUUGUCAAAAUAACACAUGCCAAAACGGCGCCACCUGCAAAGACAGUAUUAACAAAUAUACAUGUGACUGUGUGACCGGUUUUACUGGUGACAAAUGUGAGACAAAUAUUGACGACUGCCAAAAUAACACAUGCCAAAACGGCGCAACCUGUAAAGACGGCCUUAAUGGAUACAUGUGUGUCUGUGUGUCCAGUUUCUCUGGUGACAAAUGUGAAAUAAAUACUGAUGAUUGUCAAAAUAACAUAUGCCAAAACGGCGCUACCUGCAACGACGGCAUUAACAAAUACACAUGUGACUGUGUGACCGGUUUUACUGGUGACAAAUGUGAAAUAAAUACUGAUGAUUGCCAAAAUAACACAUGCCAAAACGGCGCUACCUGUAAAGACGGCCUUAAUGGAUACAUGUGUGUCUGUGUGUCCAGUUUCUCUGGUGACAAAUGUGAAAUAAAUACUGAUGAUUGUCAAAAUAACAUAUGCCAAAACGGCGCUACCUGCAACGACGGCAUUAACAAAUACACAUGUGACUGUGUGACCGGUUUUACUGGUGACAAAUGUGAAAUAAAUACUGAUGAUUGCCAAAAUAACACAUGCCAAAACGGCGCUACCUGCAAAGACGGCAUUAACGGCUACACAUGUGUCUGUGAGACCGGUUUUGUUGGUGACAAUUGUGAAAGAAACGUUGGUGAUUGCCGUAACAACCAGUGCCAAAAUGGCGGUACCUGUAUAGACCAUGUUAACGGUUUUACAUGUGAAUGUUCCCCUGGUAUGACUGGCGCGUUGUGUGAAAUUGACCCUGACGAUUGCGCUUCGAAUCCGUGCAUGAACAAUGGCAUAUGUAAAGACGGCUUGAACCAUUUUAUAUGCUUUUGUAAUCAGGGAUUCUUUGGCAAUACUUGUAACAAUCGAUUAAACGCAUGCACAUUAAAUCCUUGCAAGAAUGGUGCUACGUGUGAACAAGAUUCUAACACCUACAAAUGUGAAUGUGUUGUCGGUUUCACUGGCAGCCACUGUGAGAUAAAUAUCGACGAAUGCGAAGUAAAUUUUUGCAGAAACGGUGCCACCUGUGUUGAUCAGGUCAAUGGGUACAGGUGUUAUUGCGCAUCCGGUUUUUUCGGGAGCCUGUGUGAGACAUACGUGAAUAAGUGCGCUUCCAACCCUUGCAAAAAUGGCGCCAGUUGCACAGAUGGUGCAAACGGUGUGACAUGUAAAUGCACACCCGGAUUUACUGGCGACCGAUGUCAAACUGAAACCGAUGAGUGCCAGCCGAACCCUUGUAGAAACAGUGGUUCUUGUUUUGACGGUGUAAACAGUUAUAUAUGCGUGUGUCCGUCGGGGUUCUGGGGUAACCACUGUGAGAAGAAAGUAUACCAUUGUGAACCGAACCCAUGUAAAAACCGGGGCACCUGUCACUCUACCGAUGAGGACUUCUUUUGCACCUGUCCAGUCGGUUUUUUUGGAACCCAUUGCCAGAUGAGUGAUGCCUCAGGAUGUCAAUCGAACCCGUGUCAAAAUUUUGGCACGUGUCACCCUGAGCUUGACACUUACACGUGCUCCUGUAUCACGGGCUAUACCGGUCGUCACUGUCAGGAGAAUAUCGAUGACUGCGCCACACACACCUGCCAGAACCACGCGUCCUGUGUGGACAGAGAGAACAGCUAUACUUGCCUAUGUCUGCCCGGCUACACUGGCUUGCGCUGUGAAAUCUCCCUCGACGACUGUCGUAUCCAGGCCUGUCAAAAUGGUGGUAACUGCGUCACAUCCGGUACCGGGUAUGCCUGUUUGUGUAAAUCGGGCUUUUCCGGUCUAAAAUGCGAAAUCCUCCAGAAUCAAGUAGCGAUUAUUGGUUGAAGAUGUUUAAAUUGUUGUUCUCACCAACCAGUCACUUUAUUCUUUUCUAAGCGUUAAUUUGCCAUAUUUGCUUGCUUCAAUAUGUUACCUAGCCCUUUGUAUUCAUCAAAUUGUCAAGAGUCAUUCAACAUUUUAAAUGUACCAGAAGCUGAUAUAUGAACAU